AGCCUCUAGAAUCAAUAUGAUUCGCACGCGACGUAUUUCGCUAUCCGAAAGAAAAACCAUUUUUACCUGAAAACAAGUGUCAAUUUUUUACAAUAAAUAUUGAAAAUCAUCCUAAAUAAAUAAUAAUUUAUCGAAGUGAAUAUAUUCGGGAUAAAAAUCCCCAAAAUGGGUCGUACUUUGUGAAUAUUAGUGGAAAGUGCUCGAGCCCGAGAAGAAUAAUCUCGAGACCUCGGCACGAUUUUUCCACUUUUAAGUGAUGCAUGCGCUCCGACAACACGGAUAUUGUUAUGAAAUAUUGGUGGCGCGAUGAAAGUUUGUUGACAAGAAAGCCCCGCGAGGAGUACACUUAAAAAAAUAUUCUAAAAUCGUGAAUCCUUCGGAAUAUUUAAGGCCAGUUCGUUCGAGCGAAUUAAUUAUUUAAAAUUCCUUCAAAAUGUUGGGAAUUUAUGUGAUUCUCUCAAUCGCUUUACCGAUUAACGGCGUUUUGCCACCGUCUGACGAUAAUGUUUUGCACAUCGGUGGAAUAUUUCCAAUCGCCGGUGAAGGCGGUUGGCAAGGAGGCCAAGCCUGCAUGCCCGCUGCGAAUUUGGCUCUAGAAGAUGUCAACCGAGAAAAAAACUUGCUGCCGGGUUUCACCCUCAAUUUGCACUCCAACGACAGCGAGUGCGAGCAAGGCUUGGGGGCUUCCGUGAUGUACGAUUUGCUGUACAACACUCCUCAAAAACUGAUGUUGCUCGCGGGCUGCAGUACCGUUUGUACCACGGUCGCCGAAGCCUCGAAAAUGUGGAAUUUAGUCGUCCUCUGUUACGGCGCCUCUUCACCAGCGUUAUCGGACCGCAACCGUUUCCCCACGCUCUUCAGAACGCACCCGUCGGCCACGGUGCACAAUCCGACGCGAAUAAAGUUGCUCCAGAAAUUCGGCUGGUCCAGAGUCGCCAUUCUCCAGCAGGCCGAAGAAGUAUUUAUGUCGACCGUCGAGGACCUCGAGGCCCGUUGCAAGGAGGCAGGAAUCGAGAUAGUGACGCGUCAAAGUUUCCUCUCGGACCCUUCGGACGCGGUGAGAAAUUUGCGUCGGCAAGACGCUCGGAUAAUCGUCGGCUUGUUUUACGUCGUCGCCGCGCGGCGCGUCCUCUGCGAAGUUUAUCAUCAAAACCUCUACGGGAAGAGCUACGUCUGGUUCUUCAUCGGCUGGUACGAGGACAACUGGUUCGAGGUCAAUCUUGACAAGGAAGGGAUAACGUGCACCAAGGAGCAGAUGAGGCAAGCGGCCGAGGGGCACUUCACGACCGAGGCCCUCAUGUGGAAUCAGAACAACGACACGACCAUCAGCGGCAUGACUUCCGAAGACUUUAGGCAGCGUUUGAACAAGAUGCUCAAAGAGGACGGUUACGACAUCGACAACAAUCGCUACCCCGAAGGCUAUCAGGAAGCUCCUCUCGCCUACGACGCCGUUUGGUCGGUGGCUUUGGCUUUCAACAAAACGAUGGAAAAACUCGCGAAGACUGGCAAGAGCUUGAAAAACUUUACUUACACGGAAAAGGAAAUUGCUGACGAGAUUUAUUCGGCGAUAAAUUCGACCCAGUUUCUCGGGAUAUCCGGCUACGUCGCCUUCAGCUCUCAAGGUGACAGAAUCGCUUUGACCCAAAUUGAGCAAGUGAUCGAUGGCAAGUACGUGAAAUUAGGCUACUACGACACUCAGAGCGACAACUUGACGUGGAAGAACAUGGAGCGAUGGAUCGGAGGGAAAGUCCCUCAGGACAGAACCAUCGUCAGGACCGUUCUGAGGACCGUUUCGUUGCCACUGUUCAUUUGCAUGGGAACUAUAUCCUCGACUGGGAUCGUCAUCACGAUAUUGCUCAUAAUAUUCAACAUUUGGAACAGACAUCGGAGGGUUAUUCAGUCGUCUCAUCCCGUCUGCAAUACGAUUAUGCUCGCCGGAGUGAUCGCUUGUUUCAUUUCGGUGUUCUUGCUCGGCAUCGAUGGGAGGUUCGUCGAGCCUUGGGAAUACGCUGGAAUUUGUCAAGCAAGGGCUUGGAUGCUUUCGAUCGGUUUUACUCUCGCUUUUGGCGCGAUGUUCAGUAAAGUCUGGCGAGUCCAUCGUCUCACUACGAAAACGAAGGCCGACCAGGCCAAGUUGUUCAUGGCAAAGCAGAAGGUUUCGUCGGUCCAGAAAAAUAUUCAACCGUGGAAACUGUACACGAUGGUUAGCGCUCUUCUAGCUGUCGAUUUCGUAAUUCUCGGAGCCUGGCAAGCUCUGGAUCCUCUGCAAAGAAAUAUUGAAGUGUUUCCCCUCGAAUUACCUCCUUACGGGGACGACGACGCCAGGAUUCGACCCGAACUCGAACACUGCGAGAGCGUCCACAACAGCCUUUGGCUCGGUCUCAUCUACGGCUACAAAGCGCUCGUUUUGGUAUUCGGAUUAUUUUUAGCUUAUGAGACACGCUGCAUCAAAGUUAAACAAAUAAAUGACUCGAGAUACGUUGGAAUGUCGAUUUACAACGUGGUAGUGCUCUGUCUAAUAACAGCACCUGUGACAAUGGUCAUCGCGAGUCAGCAAGACGCCAGCUUUACAUUCGUAGCUCUCGCCAUCAUUUUUUGUUGUUUUUUGAGCAUGGCUCUCAUCUUCGUACCCAAAGUAAUCGAAGUCAUAAGACAUCCGAAGGACAAAGCCGAGUCCAAGUACAAUCCUGACGUCGGAAUGUCGAAGGAAGACGAGGAAAGAUAUCAGAAGCUCGUCAGUGAAAACGAUGAACUCCAAAAAUUGAUUGCUUCGAAAGAGGAAAAGAUCAAACUGCUCAAGCAAAAAUUGGCGGCCCGAGAUGUCGUGCUGGGAAGCGGAGGCGGUCCGAAGGGCUCGCUGAUAAUAGCAGAUUUCGUGACCGGAGAGGGGACCUCGGACAGUGCGAUUGGUGGGGGUUUGUCCGUUUACACGAGAUCUUCUCGAGCCUCAGCUUCCGAUUUCGAGUUUUCCGAAUCCUACCUUUAAAUCCCUCUUGCCUUCCAACCCGAAUCAGCGUUCAGUCCGAAUUCCCAGCAAAAGUCGAGCUCGACACGAAAAGCCUUGAAGGACUUUCGACCGAAAUAUAAAAGUCUUUGGACGCAUCUGCCUUUCGUAACACUACCGAGACCAGCGGGAGUCAAAAAACGGGGAAUUUCGAGCAGCACUUUUUCAUUAUUUUCACCAACAACGCUUCGAAUGUACAAUCGAGAAUGGAUCAAAAGUAGAUGAGAAAAGUUUUUCGUGACGAAACCUCACGAAUUUAAUAACGAUAUUAUUUGUUUAAACGUUUUAACGAUUAUUCAUAUUUUAAUAACGAAAAUUAUCAAUAAGAAUAUUAAAGUGGAUUAUCGUGCAAGAGCUCGACACUCGCACACACGGACCCGAGACACGUUUUUACGCCUUUAUUCGUUGUGCUUCAUCCGAGUAUUCAAAUAUCCAUUCCAUAAAUAUAUAUAUAUAAACACGCGCGCGUGUAUACGUAAAUAUUUGACGUAUGAAUGUGUCGAUGUACCGAAAACAAGAGAAUAGUUGUCUAACGUAAUCUCAAGGCCUAAAGUACUUUUCCGCGUGCUCAUGUUUUUACAACGAUCUUUAAAUAUUUUUUCGAAACGUUUCAUCUCACUACGGAGUACCUAAGACAUAUUUUUUUAAAGAACCAGGGUCCAAACACGGAGAGUAAACGGUGAUUUUUUUCCACUAAUCAAGAAAAAAUCAUUUUUUUAAUCGCUUUUUUUCUAGACACACGAUAUACGAUAUACGAUAAUUAAGGAAUUAUUGCAGUUAAAUCUCGUUAGAAGAAUCUCGAUGUGAACCUCGUGAAGUCUGCUCCCAAAUUGUUUAAAGUUGUUUCAAAAUGAUGCUUCGCUCGUUGGGUCAUAUGUUGAUGUGAGUAUUUGGAAAACGUCGUUGAAUUACGCUCGGAAAUCGUAUCGCGAAUCGAGCUACGAUAAUUUUUCCAAUUUCAUCGAUCAUGAUAAACUUGCUAACGAGAUUUAAAGGCUUUUAUUGGAAAAUAUGAAAUACACCAUUCAUAAAUAAUUUGGGAGUCGCUUGAUGAGGUGACGAGAAAACGGUUGGAAAGAUUUUUUUGUUGUUCGCUGUCGAACAAUUUGCUUGGUAAGAAAGGAUUAUUGUGUGCUGUACGUGCACGAAAUUCAAAACGAUCGCAUUGUUUGGGGAAAUAAUUGCGAAUAACCGAAACGCCGUGUCAAUUUUUCUCGUCGGGGAUUAUUUAUGAAUGGAGAUAAUCGAGGAUUUUAUAUUAUUCCUGACUUUCAAGGACUUUCGUAUUUGACUUUUUGAUUCUAGAGACGGACCACGUCGGCUGACCGAGAAGCAACAUUGAAUUUGAAACGUAAAGCAAUUUAUACACAUACAGGCUCUAAGUUAAAUUAAUUGUAGUAGAAAAGUGUAAAACGACAUGAAUUAAUGUUUAAACGAAAAUUUAAGAACGUUGAAAUACUUUUAAUGUUGAGACAAAAUAAUGUGUUGAAUUUAUUGUUUCCAAACUCAAUCGUUAACGUCUUUAUCGUAAUCGUUUGACAAUCCGGGGAUUAAAAAGUUGACUUUCCUGGCUGUGCUGCUUAUCGUUUGACUGAGAUUCGAAAUAAUUAUUUACGCGAUUUGACUGCAAUUAUUUUACGCUGGUCCAACGAGAGUUAUUUAGAAAAAUUAAAAUGUCUUGGCAGUUUUUUUACUACCGCGAAUUAGUCAAUUAUACGUUGAUCCUUAAAUUCACAUUUGUAAACUGGAAGUGACGCUCAAAGCAGAAAAAAAUAUUCAAUGUCAUUGAGAAAAAUUGUUAGUCUUUGUUGUUGUUCUCAUUCGAAAACGUAGGAUCGAUCCUCACGAUAAAAUUUUGCGGGUUUCUCGUUACACGAGUUCUAGCGAUUCGCGCAUAUAGGUUAACGCAUUAUUCGGACAUGUCGUAUCUCUGCGUUUAUAGCAAUCAUACUGCUGAUGUCGUGCAAAUAAAUCUUGCCCAAAGAAAAUUUAAUAAAUUGUAAGAAUAUACAUUAAUAAGGCCGUAAAAAAAACUUAUAAAGUUGAAGAAAGUAUAUACAUUAAUUAUAUUAUAUAUAUUAUUGUACGUUAGUUAGUAAAUGGAAAUGUUUAUUCAAGUUUUUAAAUUGUAAAAUUUAUCGACGAAAGCCAAAAUGAAUCAGCUGUAUCGUUUGUUUCUUUACAGCCUACGUCGUCUCGAUAUGUCAAUAAAACGAUCGAUUUAAAAA